CCUCUGCGGUCACCACCUCGCUGUCCAGCUGGAUCACGUUCAUGCCACCGUUGCUCUCCGCCACCGAGAAGAGGGCGCGGAAAUGGGUGCUGCAGGCCGCCAGCACGGCGCGGUGGGCUUUGAAGUGCCGGUUACCCACCACGAUCACACAAUCACACAGCUGACCACGGAGACGCUGGUAGUUGAGCUGCUGGAAGACCUGGUCCACGUGUCCCGGGAAAUCCGUGACCUGGGUGUUGAGAGUGAAGCAGAAACGGUAAAAGACAUGACAGAUGCACGAUCUCAGGAGGAAUACAACGAGAGCCACAUUAUCACUGCUAGAAAAGCAAAAUGGGAUGAUGAGGGCAAGUUUGUAAUGCCUGCUGGUGUUGAGAUCGAGAGCAUGCGAUACUGCGUCGUGUAUGACAGUAAUACCAGCUCUUUACAAGGUUCUGGACCAGCUACCGAUUGUACUGGAAUUCUGGCAAAAUCAAGCCGCUACCCGGUUCAGAUUCUGAAAGGUGGCUAUGAGAGGUUCUCUGCCCUCUACCCUUUCUUCAGAACUCAGAAGAUCCUUUAUACAUUGAAGGAACUAGAGAGCAUGAAGCCAUACCCUGUGGAGAUCCUCCCAGGUCAGCUCUACAUGGGUGAUUACAGGCAGGCCACGAGUCCUCAGAUCCACAAGGAUCUCAAACUACAAGCUGUAGUCAAUGUUUCGGAGAAGACGAAUCAUGUAUUGGAAGCCAGCAACUGUGACAUUUAUCACAUUCCUGUGGCAGAUUCAGUAGAAGGAGACCUUUUAGGCUGUUUUGAGAGGGUCUGUACUUUUAUUGGCUCCCAUUUCAGCGCUGGCUCAGCCAUCUUGAUAUUUUCCAGUGAUGGCAUUAGCCGCUGUAGCACUGUGUCGAUUGCAUUCCUGCAGUAUCACCUGAAAUUCACCCUACAGGAGGCCUGGGAACACAUGCUGAAAUGCAAAAGCAACAUGAGACCAAAGCGGGGGUUUGUGCAGCAGCUGUCUGACUGGGAGGUCCACACACUGGGAGAGAGAAAGACCUUUAUUGCAGAGCCACACUACUGAGAUUUGUGCGGCCAAAGAGCCCCCUGUGAUAAUUAUCAUUAUGAAGACCGACUUGAGGACUUAGAAAUAUAUAUCUCACUCUGUGUGCAUCGUCAUUAAACCAGAAUGUUUAUACUGUGUCAUCCAAGGUGUAUCCGUCUCUUUUCAUUGUGUCCACGUGCAGUAAUUUAUUAAUUAAAAAGAGGAGAUUUAUAAGUGGGAAAUCUCUUGAGAAUGCUAUAAGUUUGGUGAUUCCAGUAAGAUAUAUAACUUAUUUCAUCAUGAUCUCCUUUGGCCCCGCCUGGGACGUAGGCUGCUGACGAGAGCUCUCCUGGCAUCCCGGUCCUGAGCCAUUCUCUCAAGUUGUCUCCAUGUGUAUCCAGUCUCCUUCAUGUCUGCUUCUAUGUUGCGCCGAAAGGUGUUUUUUGGUCGGCCUCGAUUUUACUUCCCAGGUGAGAGUUUGCCGCGUGAUGCUGAAAGCCGGUUUUUGAAGGGUGGGGCUGAUCCAUCUCCAGCGUCUUCGGAUUAUUUCGUCCUCCGCUGGUUGCCGUUUUGUUCGCUGCCAAAAGAUCUUCGUUCCUAAUGGUUUCGGGCCAGCGAAUCCGAAGAAUCCUUCUGAAUAAUGUGUUGAUGUCUGGAUUCUCCCCCAAUGUGGCAGUUGUUCUCCAGGUCUCCGCUCCAUAGUAGAAGAUUCACAAAAAUGAAAUCAUUUGAUCACGGUGAUAUAAAAUUAUCAGAUAGACAGGGAAUAAAAGUUUUGCAAACUACGGCUGUCUUAUCAGCAAAACCUAUGGUCUG